GAACAUGAUGAUAUGGAUGAGAAAUCGGAUUUUUUAAAUCUUUCAUUCAAAAUUUCUUGUCCGGCUUGUUAUUGCAUGAUAUUUGUGUUGAUUUUAUAUAAUCAUGGCUGUCGGAGCAUUCCCGUUGAUCAAAUUGGCUGCUUUGGCAGUGCGACAAAUAUCCAAACCAUUGGCAAAUCGAAUUAAAAUAUCGGCCAAAAAUAGUCCAUUUUUUCGAAAUUAUAUUUGCAUGCCUCCAGCACAGAUUUAUCAUUAUUUCGAAGUUAAUGUCAAAAUGAAACUUUUAGGUCUUGGAAAACCAUCCAAUGUAAAUAAAUUGAAUGAAGCUGCCGCUAUUGAACUUGGUGCCGAAUUACUUGGCGAAGGAAUUAUAUUCAUGGUUGCUGUACUGACCAUUGCCGCUGAAUAUUAUCGACAAAGUAAAAAGUCAACAGCUGAAGCCACAGCUCUUGAAGAACGAUGGCAACGUGUUGAGAAUAAAAUUCGUGAUCUUGAAUUUAUUGUCGAAAGACAUGGAGCAGAAAUUCGUGAACUUAAUCGAAUGAUACAUACGAAUCAAUCAAGUAUCAAACGAUUUACAUCCACAUUAUUUUCCUCUUCAGCAGAACAGAAACCAAAACCGAUUGAUGAUAAUAAUGAAAAGACCAUUAAUGAAAAAUCUGAUGUCAUACAAAGUUCCAUUGAUGAAGCUGUAGAUAAAAUUCUAAGAUAAAUUGUUGUUGUAAAUACUAAAAGAAUUAGAUUCAAAUGUUUUUUAAU